AUGGCGUCUGCUAUCCUCCCGCUAGGAGAAAUCCCGACCUUGUCUCUCCUAUAUCGACUCAGACAUCUGGCACCUCCAGCUACCCCGCGUGUCUCCACGGCCUCACAGCAAUUCAACGAUACCAUCAGCCAUGUAACCCACGAUAUCACCAGAUUAGAAGUCGACUGCAUCGUGAAUGCCGCGAACGAAUCCCUUCUCGGUGGCGGCGGGGUCGACGGUGCGAUCCAUCGAGCUGCGGGCCCAAACUUGCUCCGUGAAUGUCGUACGCUUGACGGCUGCCAGACCGGCGAUGCAAAGAUCACCGAUGCGUAUCGAUUGCCUUGCAAAAAGGUCAUUCAUGCUGUGGGACCGGUAUAUGUGAUGGAAAGGUUUCGUGGAGGGUCUGGUCGGGGCGAUGUGCGUAGGCCAGAGAUGCUGCUGAGAGGCUGCUAUCAACGCAGCUUGGAGCUGGCAGUCGCCAAUGAGGCGAAGAGCAUCGCGUUCUCGUCGAUCAGCACGGGAGUUUAUGGAUAUCCAAGCGUCGAGGCUGCAGCUGUGGCGAUCAAGACGGUGAGAGAGUUCUUGGAAUCGCAUCCAGACUCGCUGCAGAGGGUGGUCUUUUGCACCUUUGAGAGAAAGGACGUCAAGGCAUAUGAUACGCUCCUCCCCCAAUAUUUCCCUCCCACUGAGCCAGAUCUUCCCCCUUCCUCGACAUCUAAGACAACGACAGGGACAAAACCAGAAGAAGUAGGAGGUCCACACGCCCCCGAGAUCCUCGCGGCCAGCCUUCCUGAUGCGCCAACUUCUGAGCCGGUGACUCAGGACGGCGGUGGUUCCACGGCUAAGAAGGCUAAGCUGUCUCCCGACAAUAGCACAAUCACAGCCCGAGAUCUGGAAGAUGACGAUGAUUGGGAAAAGGUGGACCAACCAGUGAACACCAAGGAGAACCUCGAGGACGAUCCUGUAGAAGUUGACAACGGUCCAACAGCAGCAGACGUUCAAAGUGUUUCUAGUGCCGCCGAUCUCGAGUCUUCCCACGAAGGAAAAUUCAGAUAA